AUGGUAGGGAGUGGAACUGGCAUUUGUACGAAUACGGACGGAGGCUGUCGGCGGUUUUGGGUGGGUUCUUCUGGCGGACGGACGGAUGGGAAGGGACUGGGUUUUGGGAUUCAGUAUGGACCUGAAAACGGCGUUGGCUUUUCCGGUUCUUGCUUUUUUUUUUUCUUUUUCUUCUUUUUUGCCUCCAACGCGUUUUCCUCUCUCUUCGCUUCUACCCGUCUCCAGCUCUUCUGCAGUUUUCUGCCAUUGGUCAGUUUUGCGGAACGGUUUUCCCCUCCAACUUUCUUUCUUUUCUUUCCCCUGACUUCUUUCACGCUCUUGACAGUGGGUCGUUACAUCUCACGAAUCAGUCCAAGUCGCAGAGCAACGACAAGUUGUCACGUGGAAAGACGACUAGAUCUGAAAGGGAACCGGAGGAGAGUAUGGAAGAUGGCUGAAGGGCGGAAUGAAGCGGACGCGAAACCAAAAAAACUUUCCUUGAACCUCGUUUGA